AUGGAUAUCUUACUGCAUUCACCUGAAUUGAAAAUACCUCCAAAAUUGACCAUCGGUUCUCACAGCACAGAUUUGUACAUGCAUCAGUUUCAACAACAACAACAUGUCACACACGCGCGGACCCAUUUAGACCACAUUAGUCAGCUCGAUAUUGAUCAUUCUGCCGCAUACGUCAGACAAGUCAAUGUGGUGUGCACUUUGGGGGAACUUUGGAAUUCGGACGUGCAAAUCCGGGACAUGAUUCGGGGCGGUAUGAAUAUCUUACGAAUGAACUUGAGCAUGGGUACGCACGAGUUCUUUGCCGAUGCCAUUCGCCGUGUGCGUGCUAUUGAGGAAUCACUUGAUCACAAUCCUUCAAUUGGUGUGGCUUUGGAUAUUUCUGCUCCUCCUGUUCGCACAGGUCUCGUGAAUAAUGACGUGGACGCCACAAUUGUACUAAACGAUGGACAGACAGUUCAACUCACGACAAAUGAUGAGUAUCAGAAUAAGAUCACAGAUGGUGUAAUCUGGAUUGACUCACAGUAUUAUCCCACGGUGUUGCAUUGCUUGAGUCCGGGUGAUCGGGUUCACCUAGACGAUGGAAUGCUCUCACUGAUUGUUAAAGAAGUUCGGUCCGAUACAGCGGAUUGCGUGGUCGAACGGGGUGGGGAGUUGGGCAGCUGGAAACGUGUGGAAUUGCCCAGUGAAAAAAUAUAUCCAGAAGACUUUGAACACAAAUACAAAGUAGAUCUGGUUUUUGCAUCCCAAUGCAAGGUGGACUAUGUAUUUACGGGCUACGCUUCAACUGUUAGCAAACUGAUGUAUGCGAAGAAAAUUCUAGGCCCAGAAAUCAAAUUGUUUGCCAAAGUGGAAAACCGUGAAGCGAUGCAUAAUCUGAAAGAGCUAAUGUCCAUCGCGGACGGCAUCAUUAUCGGUCGUAAUGGUCUGGGUUUGUGCUAUCCGCACGAGAAAAUUUUCCAAAUUCAAAAACAGUUAAUUGCCAAAUGUAAUAUUCUUGGCAAACCGGUGUUUGUGAUCGCACAACUGUUGGAAUCGAUGCGUUUCAAACCGCGCCCAACUCGUGCUGAGGUCACUGAUGUGGCAAACGCUGUACUGGACGGUGCGGACGGAUUAAUCCUUACGGUUGAGACCUCGCGUGGGCUGUACCCACGUCAAGCGCUCCGAGUGCUACACAAGAGAGUUGUUGUGAUUGUUGCUGCUGCUGCCUACCACCAAGGUGAGCUUGCCGUGCUGGCCUGUGAGUUCAGAGACUCCAUACAUGAAAAGACUUGUCGUGAGGCUGAGUCAGUCGUUUAUCACGAGAAAUUCUGUUAUGAUCUGAAAUUUUCACGAGAUCUACGUGGCCUGUCUCCGAUGGAACCCACAUAUUUUGCUGCGUUGGCAGCAGUCGAAGCCUCAAAUGCAUGCAAUGCGUCCGCGAUUAUUGUAAUCACAGCUUCCGGUCGCUCUGCUACUGCAAUCGCCUCGUUUCGACCAUUCUGUCCAGUGAUUGCUAUUGUGCGACGUCCAGAAGUGGCUCGUCACUGUCACUCAUUUCGAGGUAUUCAUCCAUUCGUUCUUACUGAUGAGCAACUGGCAGACUGGCCUGUUGAUAUGGACUCUCGAUUGAACAAAGCAGUUGAUUUCGGUCGCGGGCGUGGAUUCAUUGCAGGAGGUGAUAAUGUGGUCAUCGUGACCCGUUGGGAAGCUGGUGUCGGUGUGACGAACACUGUACGCGUAUUCGAGGUGCCUCGGAGCGGAAAACCAAUGAAUAUUGUGAAUUCUCAAACCCGAAUGCGUGACGGGGACUGGAGCGAUUAG